AUGAGAAGAGUGGUCGCAGAUCAAACUGCAAAUUUUCAAUCCGAUCAUUUUCUGGCGCAACUCGCGCAUUUUUCCGAAGCCAAAUUCACAUUAUUCGAGCAUGCUCCAAUUGGUGAAAGACGUCAGAGAUUUCGGAAUUUGGUGCAACAACAAAAAAUGACUUUGGUGGGUUUUGGAGGCGAAAAUUUGGUGAAAAAUGGUGGAUUUUAAGCCAUUUUAGGUGAAAAAUGAUGGAUUUUAAGCCAUUUUAGAUGAAAAAUGAUGGAUUUUAAGCCAUUUUUGUGUUAGAAUUCGCAAAAUUCUCAAUUUAACAACAAUUUUCAUCAAAAAACUAUACAAAAAGCUUCCGCUACUUUUCAAAAAAAUUAAUUUUUUAUCAAAAAAAUGAUGUUUUUCCUCAACAAAAGUCGUCAUUUUUGCGGCAGCGACCCAAAAAAAUUUUUAAGAUAAAAUCUGCGAAGAAAAAAAAUGAACACGGUAACCCAGUUUUGGUUAUCUGAUUUUUUUUUGAGGAAUUCUGGAGGACAUGGAUUUUUUUCCAAAAAAAUUCAAAUUUUACCGUGUACUUCUCUCGGACAAGCGCGAAAUUUCAAAAAUUCAAAUUUUCCAUUAAACCCGUGUACUUCUCUCGGACAAGCGGGAAAUUUCAAAAAUUCAAAUUUUCCAUUAAAACCCGUGUACUUCUCUCGGACAAGCGGGAAAUUUCAAAAAAAUUCAAAUUUUCCAUUAAAACCCGUGUACUUCUCUCGGACAAGCGGGAAAUUUCAAAAAUUCAAAUUUUCCAUUAAAACCCGUGUACUUCUCUCGGACAAGCGAGAAAUUUCGAAAAUUCAAAUUUUCCAUUAAAACCCGUGUACUUCUCUCGGACAAGCGGGAAAUUUCAAAAAUUCAAAUUUUCCAUUAAAACCCGUGUACUUCUCUCGGACAAGCGAGAAAUUUCGAAAAUUCAAAUUUUCCAUUAAAACCCGUGUACUUCUCUCGGACAAGCGGGAAAUUUCAAAAAUUCAAAUUUUCCAUUAAAACCCGUGUACUUCUCUCGGACAAGCGGGAAAUUUCAAAAAUUCAAAUUUUCCAUUAAAACCCGUGUACUUCUCUCGGACAAGCGAGAAAUUUCGAAAAUUCAAAUUUUCCAUUAAAACUUCGUUUAUUUCUCUCGGACAAGCGGGAAAUUUCAAAAUUUCAAAUUUUCCAUUAAAACCCGUGUACUUCUCUCGGACAAGCGGGAAAUUUCAAAAAUUCAAAUUUUCCAUUAAAACCCGUGUACUUCUCUCGGACAAGCGAGAAAUUUCGAAAAUUCAAAUUUUCCAUUAAAACCCGUGUACUUCUCUCGGACAAGCGGGAAAUUUCAAAAAUUCAAAUUUUCCAUUAAAACCCGUGUACUUCUCUCGGACAAGCGAGAAAUUUCGAAAAUUCAAAUUUUCCAUUAAAACUUCGUUUAUUUCUCUCGGACAAGCGGGAAAUUCCUCCAAAAUUUCAAAUUUUCCAUUGAAACCCGUGUACUUCUCUCGGACAAGCGGGAAAUUUCAAAAAUUCUAAAUUUUCCAUUAAAACCCGUGUACUUCUCUCGGACAAGCGAGAAAUUUCGAAAAUUCAAAUUUUCCAUUAAAACCCGUGUACUUCUCUCGGACAAGCGGGAAAUUUCAAAAAUUCAAAUUUUCCAUUAAAACCCGUGUACUUCUCUCGGACAAGCGAGAAAUUUCGAAAAUUCAAAUUUUCCAUUAAAACCCGUGUACUUCUCUCGGACAAGCGGGAAAUUUCAAAAAUUCAAAUUUUCCAUUAAAACCCGUGUACUUCUCUCGGACAAGCGGGAAAUUUCAAAAAUUCAAAUUUUCCAUUAAAACCCGUGUACUUCUCUCGGACAAGCGGGAAAUUUCAAAAAUUCAAAUUUUCCAUUAAAACCCGUGUACUUCUCUCGGACAAGCGAGAAAUUUCGAAAAUUCAAAUUUUCCAUUAAAACCCGUGUACUUCUCUCGGACAAGCGGGAAAUUUCAAAAAUUCAAAUUUUCCAUUAAAACCCGUGUACUUCUCUCGGACAAGCGAGAAAUUUCGAAAAUUCAAAUUUUCCAUUAAAACCCGUGUACUUCUCUCGGACAAGCGAGAAAUUUCGAAAAUUCAAAUUUUCCAUUAAAACUUCGUUUAUUUCUCUCGGACAAGCGGGAAAUUUCAAAAUUUCAAAUUUUCCAUUAAAACCCGUGUACUUCUCUCGGACAAGCGGGAAAUUUCAAAAAUUCAAAUUUUCCAUUAAAACCCGUGUACUUCUCUCGGACAAGCGAGAAAUUUCGAAAAUUCAAAUUUUCCAUUAAAACCCGUGUACUUCUCUCGGACAAGCGGGAAAUUUCAAAAAUUCAAAUUUUCCAUUAAAACCCGUGUACUUCUCUCGGACAAGCGAGAAAUUUCGAAAAUUCAAAUUUUCCAUUAAAACCCGUGUACUUCUCUCGGACAAGCGGGAAAUUUCAAAAAUUCAAAUUUUCCAUUAAAACCCGUGUACUUCUCUCGGACAAGCGGGAAAUUUCAAAAAUUCAAAUUUUCCAUUAAAACCCGUGUACUUCUCUCGGACAAGCGAGAAAUUUCGAAAAUUCAAAUUUUCCAUUAAAACCCGUGUACUUCUCUCGGACAAGCGGGAAAUUUCAAAAAUUCAAAUUUUCCAUUAAAACCCGUGUACUUCUCUCGGACAAGCGGGAAAUUUCGAAAAUUCAAAUUUUCCAUUAAAACCCGUGUACUUCUCUCGGACAAGCGGGAAAUUUCGAAAAUUCAAAUUUUCCAUUAAAACUUCGUUUAUUUCUCUCGGACAAGCGGGAAAUUUCAAAAUUUCAAAUUUUCCAUUAAAACCCGUGUACUUCUCUCGGACAAGCGGGAAAUUUCAUCUUUUUCGCAGACCUUCUCCCGAACCGGCAUCACCAUCCCAAUCCAACUCGAAUUUUCCGAAGAGCUCCAAAAUGAGCUGAAUUUUCGAAGUUUGCCGCUGAUUUUCAAUGGUGUUUGGGUGAAAAUUCGCGGUGCAAUUGGUUUUGACACGUUGGAGGGACGGGUGCAAUUCGAGAAAAUUGAUGGUGAGCAAAAAAAAAUUUGGCUGAAAUUUUUUUCUUCUUCAGAGCCCCCUGAAGAGCUGGAAUUUCUGAGCGAUUCUCAACUACAGCAAUUGAGAAGUCAAGGAUUACCCAUCUAA